AUGGAGUCGCAAGCAGACAAUCAUCUAAGCCAGUCUAUGCUUGGUCUUUCGCUGCAAGGUAGUCCUCCUCGGCGAGAAACAACGCUGAGCCCUUCACCAUCUUCAUUGCAAGGUGAUGUCUCUGCACUCACUGCACCACUAUCCACGACUCCUUUGCUGUUGGAAGUUCUUCGGACUGGUCGUCUGGGCAGCUCAACGGUAGAACGCAAAUGCCGCUUUAUACGUGAUGUGCUAUUUUUAGUCAAUAGGACGUCGUCGCCUCUGGCAGUCUCCGCAGAAUUACAGACGGGUCCUCUUAUAAUUGACGACCAGGAUCUAGCAGAGCUUUUGGAAGCUGCUGUUGAGCUACUGCUAGAAGUUGUUUCGACUAUUCCUCCUGCAGGCACAAAACUUGCUCCGCCUAUUGCCGAAGCCAUUUAUCAUUGGGCUUGCCUCACCUCGACAGGUGCUUUUCCAUCACGGCUUCCGGAAAAUCCUCGGACAGCAUUCCGGGCUUUUGAAACGAGCGCACGAGCAGGGUAUUCCGCGUCUUGGUUCAAACUAGGGCGAAACUACGAAGCUUUCGAUGACAGCAGGCGAGCAAAAGACUGUUUUGAACGCGGUGCGAAAGCGGAGGAUGUGAGCUGCUUGUACCGAUUGGGAAUGGCGUAUUUAAUGGGACAACUUGGUCUUACUGAGUCACCCUCAACCGCAGUGCAACUCCUUUAUCGUGCGGCUGAAAAGGCAACCGUCGUGGUGCCACAACCAGCAUAUGUCUACGCAAGCCUCCUUCUUGGAGACUUUGCGCACGCAUCUGCUAACCUCCCGGCGUCUAUAUUUCAGCCGCACACCCCGUCUGGAUCGACGAUUGAGGAAGAAGCGCAGCGAUUCCUAGAACGUGCAGCUUAUCUCCACUUUACACCUGCUCAGUAUAAACUAGGUCACUUCUACGAGUUCGCGCGAGCACCAUACGCGUACGAUCCUCUACUCAGCGUUCAAUAUUAUACAUUGGCGAGCGAGUCGGACCCGGAAGCCAACCUUGCUCUUUCGAAAUGGUUCCUUUGUGGGGCAGAGGGCUUUUUUGAAAAAGAUGAGCUACUUGCACGCACGUUUGCUGAGAGAGCUGCUCGUGCUGGGCUGCCGAGUGCGGAAUUUGCUGUAGGGUAUUACUGGGAGGUUGGUAUUGGAUCUGUCAAAGAUAUGCGUCGGGCCAAACGCUGGUAUGAAAAGGCUGCAGCCCAUGGGAAUUCUGAUGCCGUGGAUCGUCUUACUUUCCUCGCACAGAACGCGACCAGUUCAUUGUCCCGACAAGACCAUGAUCAGCUCGCCGAACAAACCCUUGUUCGACGACGAACCCAGGCAAAACAAUGCUCUGAUGCUGCGGGAUCAGUCCGACGCGGUGGUCCUCAGAAAGAUGCAGGACAGGUUGUGGAACUCGUUCGCCGAGCGUCCAAGGUUCAGCCGAAGGCGUUGAGGGGUAAGCGAGCGGGUAUGGGCUCGGGCGCCGGCUCCGUCGACAACCACGCUGCUCCGAGUCGGAAUAGCUCUGGCGGCAGGUUAUCUGAGAUUGAGGAAUUCCCCAAGCGAGACGCCUUCUCGGAGGGUACGGCAGCGUCGUCUGCGCUUACGUUGGCUCCUCCGAACCAGUUGUUCCCUGAGCGGAAGCGGUAUUCACUUGUUGAUUCAGGGCCGUCGUCUCGAUCAGGAUCACCUCAGCCAAUUAUUGGCGCGGAUAACAAUAAUGUCGGUACGAGGGCGAGAUCGGGGACGCCGCCGAGAAGGUACCCUUCACCGUCUCCCGCUUGGACAAGCCGAACGGAAUUUGAAGUCGGUUCGUCAAUAUUGUCGACGGCGUUCUCGGAGUCGCCUAUACCUUCACCUGGCCUUGAUGCAGGGCCUAUGGGGUCUGCUGCACCAAACGCUCCGAGGGUAAAAUAUAACACGUUCGCGGAGAUGGGGAUUCAGGCGUCAAAAGUGGAGGAGAAGGAUUGUGUUAUUAUGUGA